AUGCCCUCUGUUUCUGGUGCUGCAUCCUUGGAAGAAGUUCCUUCUCCUUGCACAUCUGCAGCUAACCCAACAAAUGCAGAAGUCACUUGUGCUACAGCAGCUGUGAACAGUUGUGACAGGUUAUCUGCUGAUGGUGAAGAUAAGGAUGAAUCAUUCACUGAGAGUCAGCUGGAGAACACAGACGAGACUCCUGAUGAGACGAAGUGGAUCCGUCCUGAUUUGCCCAGCAGAUGUACUUGGAAGCUGGCUGCGCCCAUGUCAGAGUCGCCUCAUAGCCACUCAGCAUGCACCAAGCCCUCUGACAUCCUCUCCAGCAUCCUUGAGAAAAUUGGACACACACCUCUGGUUCGCUUGAACAAAAUCCCCAAAGAGUUUGGGCUCAAGUGUGAUAUCUUGGCCAAGUGUGAGUUCUUCAAUGCAGGAGGCAGUGUGAAAGACAGGAUCGCCCUGCGCAUGGUGGAGGACGCCGAGAGAGCCGGGGUCCUUAAACCAGGAGACACCAUCAUCGAGCCCACCUCUGGAAACACGGGUAUUGGCCUCGCCCUCAUAGCUGCAGUAAAAGGCUACCAUUGCAUCAUUGUGAUGCCUGAGAAGAUGAGCAUGGAGAAGGUGCAUGUCCUGAGAGCUCUCGGGGCAGAAAUUGUCCGCACACCCACAGCUGCAGCUUUUGAUUCACCAGAGUCUCAUAUACGUACGGCCUGGCGUCUGAAGAACGAGAUCCCCAACUCGCACAUCCUUGACCAGUAUCGCAAUGCAAGCAACCCCCUGGCUCACUACGACACCACGGCUGAGGAGAUACUGGAGCAGUGUGAUGGUAAAUUGGACAUGUUGGUGGCCGGAGCCGGCACGGGCGGCACACUCACUGGUGUUGCUCGAAAGUUAAAGGAAAGAUGUCCAAAUGUCAAGAUAGUCGGUGUGGAUCCUGAAGGCUCUGUUCUGGUUGGCUCAGAGGAGAAAAGUGAAAAGUUUCCAUUUGAAGUGGAAGGUAUUGGAUAUGACUUCAUCCCCACAGUACUGGACAGAUCUAUUGUGGAUGUCUGGUACAAAUCAACCGACACAGAAACGUUCCUUAUGUCCCGCAAACUGAUCAGAGAGGAGGGUCUUUUGUGCGAAAUGAAUCAGUCCACUGAACAGUUUAGAGAUCUUCAUGGUUUCAAAGAGUCAAAGUUCCUGAGGGAUCAGUGGAUGUGUGAGAAAGGCUUCCUCUGCUUGGACGCUCAAAUGGACCCAAAACCCUGGUGGUGGAGCCGGACUGUUCAGAGUCUACACCUGUCUGCCCUCCUCACUGUCACACAUUCUGUGUCCUGCCAGAAAACCAUUGAGAUCCUGAAGGAGAACUCACUGGAUCAGGCACCAGUCGUCACUGAGUCAGGGGCCAUCCUGGGAAUGGUGACUCUGGAAACCAUUCUGUCCUCUCUGUUGGCGGGGAAGGUUGAACUUUCAGCGGCUGUUAGCGCGGUGCUCCUCAAAGCCUUCAAACAGGUGCACCUGACAGACGACCUGGGGAAGCUUUCCCAUAUCCUCAAAACUGAUAACUUUGCCCUGGUGGUUCACAAUCAAACUCAAUACGGGGUCGAUGGGUCGGCCCUCCAGAGGGAGAUUUUAUUUGCUGUCGUGACAGCGAUUGACCUUCUCUCCUACAUCACCACACACGAGGGGCAGGACUGCAACCAUCAAAGUCAGGCGGUGUAACCCAGUGACUGUGUCCUGUUUAAGGUGGAUUUUACUCUCUUCUCACUGAGACACAGCAAACAAUCACCUACAGUGUCAUCGAAAUUAUAAGACAUACAGUCGCAGAGAGGACAGAGAAGUUGUAAUUAUAUUUAUAGCUGUUGUUGUUGU